UAUCUCUGCUCCACUCAUUCACACACACGAGCGAACCCAUGGGCCAUGCUGUACCUCGUGGCUGCCGGCUCCCUCGUCUUCCCUGGACUGUUUCUGCUGUCCAAACAGAUGCUGAAGCGCAUGAUGGGAUGGAGCGAGGGGGAUGCUGCCAUUGUGUCCACAAGAUUGGUGUCGUCCAUUCAAGCCAUAAUGGCCUCAUCAGCCGGGUGCAUCAUCAUCACGUCUUGCCGGGACGUCAUAGAGGACAGACACUGGCUGACCGACAGCUACAUCCUCUUUGCCACACCUUACUUUGCCUACGACAUCUACGCCAUGUUCCUGUGUUACUGGCACAAGCAGCAGGUCAAAGGUCACGAGGAGGAGAAGGGCGGUGCCAGGUCCCUGGGAGUGGCCGUGGGGGGUUACCUGCGUCAGGAGCUGUUCAUGGUGCUACAUCACGUCUUCAUGGUGGCCUUCUGCUGCCCGGCCUCAUUGCUCUGGAGGCAGGGCAAAGGCGACUACUUCCAGGGCAUUUUGUUUCUAGCUGAGCUGAGCACCCCGUCCGUCUCUUUGGGGAAGGUCCUGAUACAGUAUAAGAAGCAGAACACGGUCCUGCACAAGGUGAACGGAGUCCUCAUGCUGCUCACGUUCUUCAGCUGUCGAGUGCUGCUCUUCCCCUACCUGUACUACGCCUACAGCAGCUACGCGUCCAUCCCGGUGUACGCAGUGCCUCUUGUGGCUCCGUGGCAGUGUAACCUGGGAGCUGCUCUGCUCUGGCCUCUCCAGCUCUACUGGUUCACACUGAUCUGCAGAGGAGCCCUUCGCCUGUUCAGAGGACGCCCAAAGCCGGCGCUGUCAGAGCCCGAGUCAUGGCGUCACAACACAUGACAUGAGUCGACUAGACGCUGCUGCCAAAAGUGAGGAAAAGUUCAAGAAGAGUUCUCUGAGUGCAGUGAAAAAGAACCAGAAGAUGUGUCCUUGUUUGGUGAAGAAGCAGUUGUGGUCAAGCACUGACCCAACUUCAAAUGGUGAAUUCAUUCAGGUCAUUAAGCAAACAGUGUGUGUCUAUUAUUAGGUAGACAAACUGGAACUCAAAUGACCAAGUAUGUUCAAAAGAUAAAAAGCCUUUUCUAGGAGCAACUCACUCACGAUCAUUUCAGAGUUCUCUACCUCAGCUGUUUACUUAUACACAGACACAUGAACCGAGGGUCUGAUACUGUCAAUGCUUUGUAUACUUUAUAUAGUGGGGAUGUAUACUGUUUGCUUUUCUGUUUUUCUGUUUUUAUGAGACCUAAGUGUCGGUCUCGUGAACGCACCCUUUUAAUAAUCAGGAGUCACAACCAAACAGUUGUCGUCGUUUCUGCUCCUCCAAAUGUUUUUAUUUGUUAUUUGAUUUGUUUUGUAUGUUCAUCUUUUGAUCCCGGACCUUAAGGGCCACUCCACCACCCCACCCCCAUCUACCGGGGAUGACAAUUUAUGACCUUUAUUUGCAAUUUCAUUAGCAGACAAAUAGCUGCCUAACUUUUCUUCUAUUAUCUUGGCUCGUUUAAUUUAACACCCUUCUCCCAUCCACACCUUUUUAAUUGUCUAAUAAUUUUAAUGUUUAUUUUCCUUGCUUUGUUUAGCUCCUAACAUUUUCACAUAAGCAGGUUAUCAUAUAGUGUGAGCAUGUCUGCCUCACACAUUGUUUCUCAGGUACAGUAAAUAAAAUGAAGUUUGGUUUGA